UCCAGAGUAUGGGCAGAACUGAAAAGUGGACUUUGUAGACAUCAGCUAGCUGGCCAUGGUGUUGGUCAUGGCCUCUCAAGAUGCUCAGAAGUUCUUCCAGCCUCUGUCUUCCUGGAUGGCUCGGGUUUAUGAAGCUCUUCAGCAAGCAGGUGAUACAUUAUCUGCUUCACUGGUUAAUUUAAGCAAGCAAGACUCUAAAUUAAGUGACCAGGACUUAGAUAACAUUCAGAUUCGGGAAACUUACUUUGAAGAUGAAGAACAAGACAAUGAUUGGAGUCAAGAGAACACGAAUUCCUUGUUUCUUGAAGUGGAUCAUUUCUCCUGUUGUAAUAGUGAUUUGCAGGACGGUGCCCAAACUUCGAGACCCAACAUUGGCCAACGAGCAAAGGACUCAUGUUCCAUAGUGUCCCAGUGGCCCAAUCAGAUCCUUGAUGACCAAACACCACCACAUGCAAUUUCUUCUGUUGCCGAGGAAGAGCAUCACCUUGAAAAACAAAGCAGUGGCCUUCAACCCAGCUUUGACAGUCAACUUGCUGGUACUUUAGAAAAUAUUAAUGGAAAAAAGCAAGUUGACAGCUUUGGGGAUGACGAAGAGCCAUCCACAUCUUCUGACAGUGACGAGGAAGUGAUUAAGCAGUUUGAGAUUUCGGUGUCCCGCUCCCAGAGUUUCCGUUCUGGAGGAACAUCUGAGAAAGGAAAGCAGACAGGUUUGGAGCAGAAACCGACAAUCAGUUGCUUGCUUUCUACCCAAGAAGAGGAUAGCACAGAAGCGUCUGCAUGUGAAGAUUUGGAUGGGACUAGCCAACUGAGUUACUCUGAGAAUCUGUCUUACGGUGAAGAUGACCCCAUCUCUGCCCACUCACAGUCACCAAGUGAGAGAGGGGAUACCAGGCACCAAGGUGUAUCUCACCAAGACACCACUGCAACUCACACCCUCCGUCGUCAGUCCACAGAGGGCAGUUUGGAGAUGGAGAGAGCAUUUAAUAACCGAGGAUUUGAAGAUUCCUAUGCCACUGACAGCUCUUCAGUGUGGAGUCCGGAGGAACAGGAUGAAACCAACUUGCAGGGGUCAUCUGGGGCCCCAGAUCCCAUCUCAAAAUGUGGUGACCUAGAUGUCAUCUUUGAAUAUAAAGCUUCCAGCCAGAAACUCACGGUGACCAUUAUGAGAGCACAGGGCCUCCCAGACAAGGACCGAAGUGGGGUCAACUCCUGGCAAGUUCAUAUAGUGCUGCUGCCCAGUAAGAAACAGAGGAGCAAGACAAGCAUACAGAGAGGGCCCAACCCCAUCUUCAGGGAGAAGGUCGCCUUUGCCAAGCUGGAGCCCAGAGAUGUAGCUGCCUGUGCUGUGCGCUUCCGUCUGUAUGCUGCCCGCAGGAUGACCCGCGAGAGAAUGAUGGGAGAGAAGCUGUUCUAUCUUAGCCAACUGCACCCAGAAGGGGAAAUGAAAGUGACUCUGGUUCUGGAGCCAAGAAAUAAUAUAAGUACUGGAGAGUCUCAGCUCAGCCCAUCUGCAGUUUCUCACAGUGACAGUGCUUCAUCUACGCAGUCGCUGUCCCAUGGAGGCGCGCCAGAGCUGUUGGUGGGGCUGUCUUACAAUGCUACAACAGGGCGAUUAUCUGUGGAAAUUAUCAAAGGCAGUCAUUUCCGAAACCUCGCUGUGAACAGAGCGCCUGAUACAUAUGGAAAGCUCUUUCUCCUUAAUUCUGUGGGCCAAGAGAUGUCCCGCUGCAAGACAUCCAUUCGACGUGGUCAGCCCAAUCCGGUCUAUAAGGAGACCUUUGUUUUCCAAGUGGCCCUCUUUCAGCUAUCUGAUGUUACCUUGAUGAUUUCAGUUUAUAAUAGGCGUACUAUGAAGCGUAAAGAGAUGAUUGGUUGGAUUGCUCUGGGCCAAAAUAGCAGUGGAGAAGAAGAACAAGACCACUGGGAGGAAAUGAAGGAAACCAAAGGUCAACAAAUUUGCAGAUGGCACACCUUGCUCGAAUCCUAGUUUUGCAAGAGGAGUGUGUUUGUGUGCUGCGUUUUCACUGCUCACCUGUCUUGCUGACUCCUGACAAUAA